AUGAUCCCCACCACCACCACCACCAUCAACCCCUACGAAACCGACCUCUCCCGCGUCCCGGCCGACGACCCCUUCCGCGACCUCCCGCACUACGGCCGCUACGCGCCGUCGCCGACCGACUUCCAGCCGGACGCCGCGCACGUCAUGUCGCAGACGCCGGCCAGCAUCCGGUACUGGGAGGACGUGCUCCGGACGCGGUGCAACGCGGACACGCUGAUGCUGUCGCCGGUCGACGCUUCUUCUUCCUCCGAAGAAGGUAGUAGCAUUGAUGCGGCCUCGUCCGCCGUCGCGCUCGGCCGCUGGAUCUUCGCCGUCGGCGGCUGCAUCGUCAAGACGAACCACCUCGCGCCGCUCAGCCGCAAGCGCCGCGACUACAGCCUCGUCGACGCCAACGAGGUCGCGGCCAUCGCGCUGGUGCGCAAGACCGUCAUCGAGGCGGGCAAGGCGGACGGUGUGCGCGUCCCGCGCGUCUAUUUCGCGGGGAAGCUGCUGGGCGGCGAUGUGCUGGUGCAGGAGCGGCUGCCCGGCGUGAGUCUGGAGGUGGCGUGGGGGUACCUGGACGGCGCGGCGAAGAGGGCGUUGAGGCGGCAGGCGAGGAGGUUCGCGAAGACGCUGGCCGAGUGCGUGGUCAACGAUGAUUGGAGGGUUCGCGGGGAGAAGGGGAAGCGGUCGUACGUCGUGGACAGUUACAGCGCGAUUUGGGCCAGGGCGCUCACGCCGAGGGAGAGGAAACUGAUGCUCCCGCCGCCGCCAUCGUCUGUGGUGCAGAAGCCGAAGUCGUUCGUGGGCGCGCGCGCAGGGAUUGGUUGGGGAAAGCGCAAGGAUAGCGGCUUCGAUGAGGAGGAGGACACUGUGUCGUCGAAUGCCCCAGGGUCCCGCCCACGCUUCGGAAACCGCAAAGGAGGUAAUGUCUUCUUCGACGAUGAGGACGACGACAACAACAACGAGCAGCACUACUCCCUCGACUCGCCCGACUCGGACUUCCGCUUCGCCCACAACGAUCUGAGCACCUCGAACAUCAUCGUCGACCGCAUCGACGGACAGGACCGCAUCGUCGGCGUCGUCGAUUGGGAGCACGCCGGCUGGAUCGGCUGGCGCACCACUGCCGCUGUGCACCGCGAGCUGCGCGCCCCGCUGCCGGAAAUGUACGACAAGUCCGAAUUCGAAAGCGAGGAAGAAUGGAACGACUUCUUCAUGUGGAAGGGUCUGUAUGAUUCGGACUCUGAUGAUGAGCGAGAAGUUGGGGAGUAUUGA